AUGGAGUGUCCUCCUGAGAAUGGGACCCUUCCAGAGGUAGUUACAGGAUCUGGCACAAAAAUCCCUGCCUCUGGAGGGUUUACAAUGCAGACAGUGAAGAUGAACAAAGUUCCUGAGAAGGACAAAUGGGGGUACUGUGAAGCUCCCUCCCAAAGCGGAGGAGUUCUGCAAGAUAAUGAAUCAACUGAAGAGAACAUUUCACUGCUCAGAGAUAUUAAGUAUACUAAAUUGAAUGUGCACGGCACAGUAAGAGGGGCUACCAAAGACAUGGGGAAGAUGCUGGGUGGGGAUGAGGAGAAAGACCCAGAUGCUGCCAAGAAAGAAGAGGAACGACAGGAAGCCCUCAGGCAAGAAGAGGAAGAAAGGAAAGCCAAAUAUGCCAAGAUGGAGGCUGAAAGAGAAGUUAUGAGACAAGGGAUUCGAGACAAGUAUGGGAUAAAGAAGAAGGAAGAAAAGGAAGCGGAGGCCCAGGCAGCACUGGAAGCUAAUGCUGAAGGGAGUCUGACACGCCCAAAGAAGGCAAUUCCUCCUGGCUGUGGGGAUGAAGAGGAGGAGGAAGAAGAGAGCAUUUUAGACACAGUCAUCAAAUACCUACCAGGGCCCCUGCAGGACAUGUUCAAGAAGUAA